CCAGGUUGGUGAACCGGUGGUGUUGGUCCAGCGGAGUGUAAACCGGGUUCUCUCAUCCUGCUGUCAGCGACUUGUUUUAGACGCUAAGCAGCACCGGGAGGUUCGUGGAGGCUGCUGGCAGGCUGCGGUUCUUUUUUGGCCUCCAAGCUCAGUUCUGUUGAGGAGACGUUCUUUUCCUGAUCCCCGACGGCAGAACCAUGAAAGCUUUGAUCCUGGUGGGGGGGUACGGGACCAGACUGAGGCCCCUCACACUGAGCGUACCCAAACCACUGGUGGAGUUCUGCAAUAAGCCCAUCCUGCUGCACCAGGUGGAGGCCCUGGUCAAGGCUGGUGUGGACCAUGUGGUGCUGGCCGUGAGCUACAUGUCAGAGCUGCUGGAGAAAGAAAUGAGAGUCCAAGAGAAAAGACUUGGGAUCCACAUCUCCCUGUCUCAUGAGAAGGAACCACUGGGGACAGCCGGACCCUUGGCUCUGGCCAGAGAGUUGCUGAGCGUGGACAAUGAGCCGUUCUUUGUCCUGAACUCAGACGUCAUCUGUGACUUCCCCUUCCAAGACAUGCUGCUGUUCCACCGGAAUCACGGCAAGGAGGGAACCAUAGUGGUGACGCGGGUGGAGGAGCCCUCUAAAUAUGGGGUGGUUGUGUUUGAGGCGGAAAGCGGCAGGAUCCAUCGCUUCGUGGAGAAACCUCAGGUGUUUGUCUCCAACAAGAUCAAUGCUGGCAUGUACAUCUUCAACCCCAGUGUCCUGCACCGCAUUCAGCUGAGGCCGACGUCCAUAGAGAAAGAGAUCUUCCCAGUCAUGGCAGAGGAAGGGCAGCUGUAUGCCAUGGAGCUACAAGGGUUCUGGAUGGACAUUGGACAGCCUAAAGACUUCCUGAUAGGGAUGUGUUUAUACCUGCAGUCUCUUCGACAGCAAGCUCCGGAGAGGCUGCGGACAGGAGCCGGCUUUCUCGGGAACGUUCUGGUGGACCCGUCGGCUCAGAUUGGAGAGAAUUGUACCAUCGGUCCCAACGUGACGAUCGGGGCCGGGGUGGUGCUGGAGGACGGGGUGAGGAUCAAACGCUGCACGGUUCUGAAGGGGGCCCGGGUUCGGUCCCAUUCCUGGCUGGAGAGCUGCAUCGUGGGCUGGAGCUCCUCCGUUGGCCAAUGGGUGCGUAUGGAGAACGUGACGGUCCUGGGAGAAGAUGUGAUCGUAAAUGACGAGCUGUACCUGAACGGCGCCAACGUCCUGCCCCACAAGUCCAUCACAGACUCAGUACCAGAACCACGCAUCAUCAUGUAGGACUGGGCCAGGCCUUCCAGCAGAACACAACACAAUUCGGCGCCUUCAUGCAAACUUUACCGACAACACAUGCUGUGCCGGAGGGAGAGAGGGAGGGAGAUGGAUGUGGGAUGGGGAUUGAAGAGAAACAGAUUUACUAUGCAUUAACACAAGCAAAUAGAGGAUCAAUGAAUAGAUUUAAGUUUGACCAUAAAUGUUCACUGGCAGCCAUGUUGGCCACAGCCCUGCUCUGUGGUAUCGGUACCAGGUGGUUCUCUGCUCCAUGGUGUAGGUACCAGGUGGUUCUCUGCUCCGUGGUGUAGGUACCAGGUGGUUCUCUGCUCCGUGGAGUAGGUACCAGGUGGUUCUCUGCUCCGUGGUGUCAGUACCAGGUGGUUCUCUGCUCCAUGGUGUAGGUACCAGGUGGUUCUCUGCUCUGUGGUGUAGGUACCAGGUGGUUCUCUGCUCCGUGGUGUAGGUACCAGGUGGUUCUCUGCUCCGUGGUGUCAGUACCAGGUGGUUCUCUGCUCCAUGGUGUAGGUACCAGGUGGUUCUCUGCUCUGUGGUGUAGGUACCAGGUGGUUCUCUGCUCCGUGGUGUAGGUACCAGGUGGUUCUCUGCUCCGUGGUGUCAGUACCAGGUGGUUCUCUGCUCCGUGGUGUCAGUACCAGGUGGUUCUCUGCCCCAGGGUG